GCCGGGUAGUGGAGGUCAGGCGUGCUCCCCAACUGCGAGAUACUAUGGGACCUCCGAAAACGUGAAUUCCAUUCCGAAAUCGUAGCGCAUAGCAGUCGGCUAUUUUUCAAAAGCAAUAGCACUGAGCUCACAAAGUGUCCUCUGUUCCGUAACGUGUGAAGAAUUUGAAGAGCAACACCAAAAAGCCACCGUCCGUUUUGUCCUACAAAGGCAGGCAGGCAGUCAGUCAGGCAGGCGCCCGGUUUGACAGUCGUGGCUGGCUGGGCCUGACGUAAGAGCAACUACCGAAGAAGUGACAGCCAACGAGGGGACUUCAUGAAGCAAUAGACUGUCCCUUCUUCUGGAUUGAAAACUUGUUUCAACAUGAGGAAGGACGUGAGGAUACUGCUCGUCGGGGAACCCAAGGUGGGGAAGACGUCACUGAUCAUGUCUCUGGUCAGUGAGGAGUUUCCUGAUGAGGUUCCUCUGCGAGCUGAGGAAAUCACCAUCCCCGCAGACGUCACCCCAGAGAGGGUCCCCACACACAUUGUGGAUUACUCAGAAGCAGAGCAAUCAGAUGAGCAGCUCAAUCAAGAAAUAUCCAAAGCAAAUGUUAUCUGCAUCGUGUACUCGGUCAACAACAAGAAGUCAAUUGAAAAGGUGACAAGCCACUGGAUUCCCCUUAUCAAUGACAGAAUAGACAAAGACAGCAGGGUACCAUUGAUCCUUGUGGGCAACAAGUCUGACCUGGUGGAGCACAGCAGCAUGGAGACCAUCCUGCCUAUUAUGAAUCAAUACCAGGACAUUGAGACGUGUGUCGAGUGCUCGGCCAAAAAUCUGAAGAACAUCUCCGAGUUGUUCUACUAUGCCCAGAAGGCAGUUCUCCACCCGACAGGACCUCUGUACUGUCCAGAAGAAAAGGAGCUGAAGUCUUCCUGCAUCAAGGCUUUAACUAGAAUCUUUAAAGUGUCCGACCUGGACAACGACGGCAUCCUGAACGACAACGAGCUCAAUUUCUUUCAGAGAACGUGCUUCAACACGCCACUGGCGUCCCAGGCCUUAGAGGAUGUUAAAAAUGUAGUCAGGAGAAACAUGGCCGAUGGAGUGAAGGAUAACGGGCUCACGCUUAAAGGCUUCUUGUUCCUGCACACUCUUUUCAUACAGCGCGGCCGACACGAGACCACCUGGACUGUGCUCAGGAGGUUUGGUUACGACGACGACCUGGAGCUCACGCAGGAAUAUCUCUUCCCUGUAGUCAAGAUUCCUCCUGACUGCACCACGGAGCUAAACCACAACGCUUACCUCUUCCUUCAGAGCGUCUUUGACAAGCACGACAAAGAUCGGGAUUGCGCGCUAUCGCCAGAGGAGGUGAAGGACCUGUUCAAAGUAUUUCCCUACAUGCCGUGGGGUCCGGACGUCAACCACACAGUGUGCACUAAUGAGGAGGGAUGGAUCACAUACCAAGGAUACCUCUCCCAGUGGACGUUAACGACAUAUUUGGAUGUCCAGCGGAGUUUGGAGUAUUUGGGUUACCUGGGCUAUUCCAUCAUCUACGAGCAGGAGUCCCAAGCCGCUGCGAUCACAGUCACGCGAAACAAACGCAUCGAUCUCCAGAAGAAACAGACCCAGCGCAGUGUGUUCCGCUGCAACGUCCUCGGCGCCCGAGCCAGCGGGAAGAGCGGCUUCUUGCAGGCCUUCCUGGGAAAGAACCUUCAGCGACAGAGGCGGAUUAGAGAAGAUCACAAGUCCUUGUACGCCAUCAGCACAACCUAUGUGUAUGGUCAAGAGAAGUACCUGCUGCUCCAUGAGAUGAUGCCCGAUUUCGAUUUCAUGUCAGAAGCGGACCUCGCUUGCGAUGUGGUCUGCCUGGUCUACGACGUGGGCAAUCCGCGUUCUUUUGAAUACUGCGCCAAAAUCUACAAGCAAUACUUGAUCGACAGCAAGACCCCGUGCGUGGUGAUAGGCGCCAAAUCGGACCUGCACGAAGCGCGCCAGCAGUAUAGCCUUUCGCCGCAGGAGUUUUGCCGCAAACACAAGCUCCACCCGCCCCAGCCGUUUACGUGCAACACCACCGAGGCCCCCGGCAAAGACCUCUACACCAGGAUCACCACCAUGGCCAUGUACCCGCACAUGGCGCAAGCGGACCUGAAGAACUCCACUUUCUGGUUGCGGGCCAGCGUAGGCGCCACCGUGUUUGCCGUGCUGGGCUUCGCCAUGUACAGAGCGCUUCUCAAACAACGGUGAUGGGACGGCAGCGGCAGACGUCUGCGUCCUCUUUCCCGCCGCCGUUCUCGUCCCGUCCCGUCCGGUCGUCACCCGUGCGACCGGACGUCUUACCGCCUGCUUGAUCCCGCCGCAUUCAUCCUUUCAUCGUAAGAAACCAUUUUAUAUGCAUUUAAUCAUCAAGUGUCAAUCCUGUUUUGGUUUGUGGGGGUUGAAGUCAAACGCAACUUGCGAAUGCCUACCAGUCAAUUCUCAGACAUUGUGUCCAUAUUUGUUUUUAGUUUUGUUUCUUUUUCUCAGGUCAAGUUGAGGCAACCACAAAGGGACUUGAGUGUGUUAAUCGAUGUGCAUAUGCAGUAUAUUCUGGAUGUAGUCCUGAAAAAAGGUUUUAGCAACGACCUGGUGGCCUCUUGCACCAUCUAGUGGCGUCCAAACGAACUUUAUUUUAACACUCAUGGAUGUUACGCAGCCGUUUAUUUGCAUUUAAUUUAUAAACGUGUUCACAUGCUCCAAAUAUAUUUUUCUUGUAUUUUUGUAUUUAGCGCUCUCGCGGCUAUUUCCUCGCUGUUUUUAACUUGUCUUGGUUUGCAACUAGCUCUGUAUGUACUUCUCGUUUGUUAGAAUAACAAAUAGCCACACACAUGGCAAUCUUUCACAACUUUGUGUAUAAUUGGGUCGGAUGGCGGCUAAUUUCACAAGUCAAAGAAAUGAUUUUAAAUAUACGAAUAAAUUGCAUUCACACCCA